CGGCUCUCGGCGCUCAGCCUGCGCUGGGCGUCGUUGCCGUCGCUUCUGCAGCGCGCACUUAUCUGGGACGCCGGGUUUGUCCUUGGCUUUGCCGAUGGCGCAGACACGUACGUACAAGUCUACACCAACUGCACGAGCGACCGCAGUGGCGUGCCCAUGGGCGACAUUGCCGUCAACUUUGCCACCUUCCUCAACGGCCACGUGCCGCUCAACAACCGCACCGAGUGCCAAAGCGCCGGCAAUACGACCGUGCUUCGAUCGCAAAACUGCGACGGAAAGCUCUCGGACGCCAUGGCCAAGUGCGCAAUCGACCUCAACGGCUUCCCCGACGGCCACUCGAGUCAGCUGGCGCAGGACGACCUGCCUCUGAGUGACGUGCCCGAGCCGCGCGUCUUUCAACAUGAAGACGUGAACGCAGGCUGGACAAAGCCCGCGAUCCACACGCAGCCACACGGCCGGUACCCGGAGGCGCCGUGGGGCUCGUGCCCGCUGCCCGGUCGCAGCGCACUCACGAUCCCGUGCGAAGUGCGCAACCAACGCGCCGAGUCGACGAAUCGGUGUCUGCCAGCGCCAAGUGCGGCCAUGGACGACUGGCUCACAGCAUACUACAAGACGUCACAGCCACAACCCACAUCAGAGACCUCCGACACCAACCACCAGGUAUCGCCGAGCAACCCCACCGUCCAGCUCAUCGGGAUUGGAAUCGGCGGCGUCUUUGGACUCGUCUUUCUCUUGUACCUCAUUCGAUGCCUCUUUCAACGCCGGGCUGCCCACCCCUCGAAAGACCCGUCGGUGUCACCACGCAUCUGGGGCCCACGCUCGACGCGCCUUCUGACGAGCAGCAAUGCGAUCGACUCGUCGCCCGUUGCCGCGGCGUCCUCCUCGGCGCAGUUCCAGCACGAUCCGCGGCUUCUCGCCAAGCGUCUCGCCUACAAGGACGUUGUCUGUGACCGCGUUUUAUCUCGGUCCGCGGCGGCCGAAGUGUGGGUCGGACGCCUCGGCACCGAGACGGUUGCGAUCAAGAAGACCUUGUCGCCCGAGUCCUUAGAUGUGUUUACGGAAGAGAUCCGCGUCAUGGCGCGGCUGACGCACCACAACAUUGUGCGUUUUCACGGCUUUGCAUGGGACAACCGGCGCCUCUCGUCGCUUGUCGCUGUGACCGAGUACUUGGCGCAAGGUGACCUCCCGGCGUUCCUCCAGCGCCACCGCGCCGCACCGUGGAGCACCAAGCUUUUGCUUGCUCUUGACAUUGCGCGCGCGCUCGCCUACCUCCACGAAGAAGCCAACGUGCUGCAUCGCGGCCUCAAGCCCAAGAACGUGCUCGUCAUCGACUCGAUGCACUGCAAGCUCUCGGCCACGGGCCUCCGCCGCGACGUCCCUCGCGAUGACGCGUUUUACACGGCACCGGAAGUGCUCUACGGCGAGCCCUUCACGCGAGAAGCCGACCUGUACGCGUUCGGGUGCAUCCUCGUCGAGCUCGAUCGGCACGAACCCGUCUACAGCGACCUCCACGUCGCACCGCUCGUCGUGCUCAACGAGAUUUUAAGCGAGAACCUCCGACCGGCCGUGUCGCCGUCGUGCCCGGAAGCCGUUCGUCUCUUGGCCUCCGAGUGCCUUGCAAAGGACCCACGCGCGCGACCCAUGGCCCUCAACCUUUACCGCGAACUCGAGUGGAUGCGCCAAAACGAAGAGUGGGAGAUGCUCUCCGGUCGCGCGCUGCGCGAAUUUACCAUCUAG